AUGGGUAUCUUCAAAGCCAUCGCUUCGUCGACCAACCCGCAGUUCAUCGCACAGAUCACACAACAGGCCAAAGGCAACGACCAGAUGCUUGUGACCAAGGUUGUGCGCCUCCUCGCAGCGCACGGCAUGGUCGACCAGAUUGAUGUAGACUCAUACGGCCCAAAUGACUUGACGAAAGAUUUGACGGACACUGGUAGAGUUGGCGACAAGUACACCAUGCUCUUCUCAAUGAAAGCUCUAGCAGAUAUGCCGUAUUUCUUCCGAGAGAACGGCUACAAAGUCGCAACCGAUCCGAAGAACACUGUCUGGCAGAAGACAUAUGACAGCCGAACAAUGUUCGAGUGGCUCGAAGGCAACCCAGAGCAGGGCAAAUAUUUCAAUGCACGCAGUACUAAUAGAGACGAGCUCGCCAAGCUUUACCCAUUCGAAAAGUUGUUUGAAGGCACUUCGCCUGAAGAUGUCCUUUUCGUUGACGUAAAGAGUUUCCCGUCGUCUAAGGGUCGUGUCAUCUUGCAAGAUCUGCCAUUUGUCGUGAAAGGCAUGGAGAUACCUGACGUCGAAGUCACAGCACAUGACAUGAUGACAGAGCAACCUGUCAAAGGUGAGUUCAGCAGCACUUUGGCCGGCUACAUCCCAGAAUCCCUGACGGCUCCAGGCGCACGAGCAUAUUACUUCCGCGGUGUAUGCCAUGACCAUCCCGACGAAAGUUGCCGCAAAUUCCUUGGACAGAUCGUCAAGGCCAUGGACCAAAAUUCAAGAGUUCUGAUUCAUGAUCAGCUCAUUGAGGAUCUGAACCCUGGACAGUACAUCACAAGAGCGGAUUUUGUCAUGAUGUCCCUAUUUGCGGGCCAGGAGAGAAGUGAAGCGCAGAUGAGGAACUUGUUGGAAAGUGUUGGUUUGAGAGUUGUUGGCAUGCACAAGCCGGGUCCUGAGCAGUGGACAAUCACUGAAGCGAUGCUCUGA